AGUAUGAUAAUAUUAAUGCUAAAAUACUGCGGGACUGCUCCAAGCAGAACAGAGUACAUCAGAGUUCAAUUAGGUGAAGUGAGGAAACAUGUCUGAGGAUAUCUAUGCCAAGCCAGACCUCACCAAAAAAGUUAGAUUUCAGGCAGAUGAGAAGAAGGACAGAAACACGGACGUCGGUGAUAACAACGAUAAAGUUGUAAUUUAUGACAACUACAGGGCAGAGGGCAGUUCUCCGCCGAAAUCACAGGACAACACUACUGAGGAGCAACAGCAAACAGCCACUUCAGUCAGUGUAAGCUCAGAAAAGAGGACUCUUCUCAGAGUUGCUGUUGCAGUGUUUCUGGGGCUGCUGUGUCUUCUCCUCCUGGCUGCCAUCUCUGGCAUCAUCAUAUUAAUUCAAGUCAAAAACAACUUGAACGUAGCGAGAAACCAACUGUUGGUGGACAAUCACAACCUGACCAGAGAGAGAGACAAACUGGAAAGCAUCAAUCGCAACCUGACCCAAAAGACAAUCCAGUUAGAGGACAAGAUAAACCUUUUGAACACCAUUAACAACAACCUCACCACAGAGAGAGAUGAAUUACAAAAGUACAUUGAGAAAACAUGCUGUCCUGCCAAUUGGAUGAAGUUUAGCCGUAGUUGUUAUUUAAUUUCCACCACAAUGGCAAAUUGGGAUGGCAGCAAAGCGUUCUGUGAAAGUCACGAUGCACAGCUGGUGAUCAUAUCUAGCUUUGAGGAACAGAGAUUUAUCAGCUCAUUUGACCUGAACUUCUGGAUUGGUCUGACUGAUAAAGAGGAAGAAGGGGAGUGGAUCUGGGUAAAUGGAACAGCAGCAUACACAAAGUAAGACAUUUUAUAUAUUUAUUUCUAUUGACUGUCUAAUUUCAAAAUGUACAUCUUGACAAACGGUGUUUACUUGAUUAACUGAUUAAUUAAAGCCAAGGGCUCCCAGCUGUUGUAAUGUGGCUCUGAAGACAAAGUCUGAUUUCAAUCAAAAGACUAAAUAACACAGAUGAUGAAGUGAUUAACUCUGCUGCGCGUCAUAUACUGACAAUAAAGAGCUGGUGAGCAUGCAAGUUCUACUUUUUGCAAAACUGAGCAUCUGUGAUCUUAAAUUGAGCUUUUCUUCCCUUUCAGUGCUCUGUUAAAAUCAGAAUUAUGUCGUACCUCAUAAUAGCAGUACAAUUCACAGACGCCAACUGUAUUGAUUUCUCAUAUUUUGGUAAUGGUUUAAAGUUUUGGCUGAGCAGUUUUUGUUCUCUCA